GGCGUCUAUUUAUCGGAAGCCAAUGGCCACACCGUCAUCGCCAGCUGCCAGUAUCCCUCGAUCCCGUCUCCGUCCUCGUCGUCCUCGACCGGCAUUGUGAACGCGGACAUGGGCUCUCUCUCUCUCGCCGCAGCCACCGCCCGCCACGGCCUCGCCGAUCUCCUGGGGGCGACCACGAGCGACCCCAUUGAUCACCGGCGCAGGAAGGCCCACGGAAACGGCGUCAGAGAGAGCAACAGCACGAGCGACGAGCACGACGGCGGGAGGGUCGACGGGGAAGCCGGCGGCCAGUCGAAGCUCUGCGCGAGAGGCCACUGGAGGCCCGCCGAGGACACCAAGCUCAAGGAGCUCGUCGCCCUCUACGGCCCCCAGAACUGGAACCUCAUCGCAGAGAAGCUGGAGGGCAGAUCAGGGAAGAGCUGUAGGUUGAGGUGGUUCAACCAGUUGGACCCGAGGAUCAACCGGAGGGCGUUCACGGAGGAGGAAGAGGAGAGGCUGAUGCAGGCGCACCGGGUGUACGGCAACAAGUGGGCGAUGAUAGCCCGGCUCUUCCCCGGGCGGACCGACAACGCCGUGAAGAACCACUGGCACGUAAUCAUGGCCCGCAAGUACCGGGAACAGUCCACCGCAUACCGGCGGAGGAAGCUCAGCUUGUCCCGGUCGCCGUCGUCUGGCUACGCCAGGCCGGAUGAAACCCCCGCCGGCCAUCGCGAUCGGGACGACUACGACGACGCCCCUGCGAGGAGAGAUUGCCCCGCGUCGUUCGGUAAUGUGGGGGUGUCACGCUGGGCAAUCGGGACGACGGCAUUCGAUCAUCAUCAUCAUCAUCAUCAACAUAUUCUUGGCUUGAAUAAUGGGUUGAGCCCAACUAGCAAUAAUGGAGAAAUACUGGCGGUUCAGAAUGGAUUUGGUUUUCUCGCUGGAGGAACGAUCACGACUGGAGUAGAACUGAGCCACUGUUUUAUAGGUCGGAACAGCAACCACGACGACACGACGGCGAGCUUGUUCCACCACCAAACGAAACCCUGCACGAACUCAUACGGCGCUUGUCUCCACCCUCCCCGGUGGCCACCGCCGGCGACGACCCAGCCGUCGGACCAGGACCGCCGCGCGGUCAGGGACCCGUACGCCCAGUGCUGUUGCUCGGACACGAUCGCGUUGACGACGGCCCAUCAAGUUUCGCCCUCGCCGCCGCCGCCGCCCAGGGAAUGCGAAGCUCCUCCGUCGCCGCCGCAGCCGCAGCCGCAGCCGCCGCCGUCGUCGCCACCAUUCAUUGAUUUCCUCGGGGUCGGAGCCACGUGA